UCUCAGUUGGUGGAGCAACAGAAAUGUCUGGAGCAGCAAACUGAGAUGCGAGUGCAGCUGCUACAGGACCUACAGGAUUUCUUCCGUAAGAAAGCUGAGAUUGAGAGCGAGUACUCACGCAACCUGGAAAAACUGGCCGAGAGGUUCAUGGCUAAGACGCGUAGCACCAAGGACCACCAGCAAUACAAGAAGGAUCAGAACCUGCUGUCUCCGGUCAACUGCUGGUACCUGUUGCUCAAUCAGGUGAGGAGGGAGAGUAAGGACCACGCCACGCUGAGUGACCUCUACCUCAACAAUGUCAUCACACGCCUCGCACACGUCAGCGAGGACAACACACGCCUGCUCAAGAAGAGUAAGGAGAUUACCUUCCAGCUUCAAGAAGACCUGAUGAAAAUCCUUAAUGAACUCUACACAGUAAUGAAGACCUACCACAUGUAUCAUGCUGAGACCCUGAGUUCAGAGACCAAGCUGAAGGAGGCCGAGCGGCAGGGGGAGAGGCAGGGCCGCGGGGGAGAGGCCGUCUUCAGUCUGCGCACCGAGGACCGACACCAGCGCCGCAACGCAGCACGCAAGAUCCAGAAGAUGAAGGAGAAGCGCCAAGCCAAGUACUCUGAGAACAAGCUGAAAGUAAUGAAAGCCCGAAACGAGUAUUUGUUGACUCUGGAGGCUGCCAAUGCUUCUCUGUUCAAAUACUACAUCCAGGACCUGUCUCACCUAAUAGACUGUUGUGACCUGGGCUACCAUGCCAGUCUUAGCCGGGCCCUACGGACCUACCUGUCUGCUGAGUACAGUUUGGAGACAUCCCGUCACGAGGGCCUGGACAUCCUGGAGGGUGCAGUGGAGGGGCUGGACCCCCGCAAUGACCGCCAACGCUUCAUGGAGACCCAUCCCACUGGCUUCACGCCCCCUGCCCGCUUCACCUUCCAGCCACACAUGGGUGACCAGGUGACGCAGAUCACAGCACUGCCUCAGGUGCAGGCGGAGCUGGUGCUCAGAUUCCAGCAGCUGCAGUCUCGCCUCGCUACACUCAAGAUUGAGAAUGAGGAGGUGAAGAAGACGUCAGAGGCCACUCUGAGCACCAUUCAGGACAUGGUCAAUAUGGACGACUAUGACGUGUCAGAGAGUUUCCAGCACAGUCGCUCCACUGAGUCAGUCAAAUCCAGUGUGUCAGACACCUACCUCAGCAAGCCCAGCUUGGCCAAGAGACGAGCCAAUCAGCAGGAGACAGAACUCUUCUACUUCACAAAACUUCGGGAGUAUCUGGAGGGCAGCAACCUUAUCUCCAAACUGCAGGCUAAACAUGAUCUACUGAAGAGGAGUAUAGCAGAAGGUUUCAGAUCUGAUUUCAUGACCACUAGUCGUCGUCGAAACUCUCAUAGCAGGCACAAGGACAAUAAGGCUAUCCCUAUCAUCGUAGAGAGCUGUAUCCGCUUCAUCAACCUGUAUGGUCUGCAGCACCAGGGAAUUUUCCGGGUGUCGGGUUCUCAAGUGGAGGUCAACGACAUCAAAAACUCUUUCGAACGAGGCAAUGAUCCUCUGACCGAUGAGGAGAACAACCAUGAUAUUAACUCAGUGGCAGGCGUGCUCAAACUCUAUUUCCGCAACCUGGAGAACCCACUCUUUCCUAAGGAGAAGUUCAACGACCUCUUAGCCUGCAUCCGCACUGAGAGUCUGUAUGACAGGGCGCUUUCUAUCCGUAAGAUCCUGAUGACUUUACCACGGCCCACACUAGUCAUCAUGAGAUACCUGUUUGCAUUCCUCAACCACCUGUCUCAGUACAGUGAUGAGAACAUGAUGGACCCUGGAAACCUGGCUAUAUGCUUUGGCCCAACACUGAUGCCCACACCGGACCUCCUAGACCAGGUCUCCUGCCAGGCCCACGUGAAUGAAGUCAUCAAGACCAUCAUCAUCCACCACGAGGCCAUCUUUCCAGACACCAAAGAGCUGGACGGCCCAGUCUAUGAGAAAUGCAUGAGCAGUACGGAGUACUGUGAGAGUCCAUACAGCGAGCCAGGUGCGCUAGAGGAGAGUGAACAAGAUGGAGGGACUGAGACACAAACGAGUGAAGAGGAAGCCGAGCAUGUGGAGGCAAUAGCUAAGUUUGACUACGUGGGUCGUUCAGCACGGGAGCUGUCCUUUAAAAAGGGCGCCACUCUACUGCUGUUCCAGCGAGCCUCAGAUGACUGGUGGGAGGGCAGACACAACGGCACCGACGGACUGAUACCACACCAAUACAUAGUGCUGCAGGAGGACGAGGCUCUGUCAGACACUCUGAGUCAGAAGGCAGACAGUGAGGUUAGCAGCACUCCCUCUGAUGAACUCAACUCCAGGAGAUCCCUCACCUCCCCAACAGAGGCCAGACUGCCGGAGACCUUUAUCAGCCGUCACCGAAAGAGAACAGAGGCUCUGCUACGCCGUGUCCCGGGUCGCCUUAAUGACGGGCACUGCCAUGGCAACGGGCUGGAGCGCAGUUCUCCCCCAGUGACAGUGACUGUGACCGGGCACUUCAGCCCGAGAGAGCUGUUACGCGGGCACAGCUGUGCCCAGGACAGUCCAGAGCACCAGCGCAAGAGAGGAGGGUGCAAUGCCAACGGCAUGGUCAACGCCAACAUUAGCCGUCACGAGUCUCUACGGAGAGAGAGAGAGAGUCCUCCCAUUCGUCACUCUCCCUCUGCACUGCACGGCACCCUGCCUGAACACAGAGCACGCCCUCUUAACCCUCACACCAUGACACAGGACAUAGAGGAGACAAUGAGCCUGGCUCUGAGUGAACUGAGGGAGCUGGAGAGGCAGAGUGGGAAGCCAGCAGCUCCUGACCUGGUGCUGGACACUCUCGAGCAGGUGAAGAAUGGGCCGUCAGCUCCACCCAGCAGCUCCACCCCUUCCACCCUGUCCAGCCCCUCUGAUUCACCAAGUCCCCUCAGUCCUCUUAGCCCCCUACCCCCUCUGCCCCCGCUGCCAGGCCCCUCCUCUCGACGCCCCAACGACCCUCCAACAAGCACCUUCAAACCUGCCUCUUCCCCCCAUAUGAGCGUGCAGCUCCGUCCUCCGGCCCUGCGCCCCAAACCCCCUGUUCUGCCAAAAUCGGGUCCACCCCCUCCCCAGCAACCUCCUGCCACCCCAAAUCCUCAACACUUCCCUGCGGAUAAAUCCGGUACCAUGUGA